AUGGGGCAGUUCACAUCCAAACGUGAUGGGCAAGUCCCUGGCUUUCUCCCUCGGGUUCGUUUCUCAGCCAAUGAGGAAGGACCUUCUAGGUACACUUCACAGCAGUUUGAUGCCAGCAGCCAACAGCAAGAUGCUAACCUCCAAAUUCCUCCCACCAUUGUUGUGUCUGAUGUGGAUGCGAGUGCAUCAGAGAGCCGGGGCUCAAGCAUGGACCUGCGGAGAUCUUCCUUCUACAGCACCUUAGACCUGGUGCCACAGCUGGAAAAUUAUGCCAGCACCCUGCCACACCAGAAGUCAAGGAGCCGACCUUCUCUGGAGGCUCUCCGCAAGGCAUUUGAUGAGGUGGAGGCAGGUAUGGAGGUAACAAACACCACCACCAACUCAGUCAGCAGUCUCGUCACUGACAGUGGACAUGAAGAAUCACAAGGUCCACAGGAGAAAGCUCCUGUUCGAUUUGGCUGGGUGACUGGAGUUUUGAUGCGUUGCAUGCUGAAUAUCUGGGGAGUUAUCCUGUUUCUCCGCCUGACAUGGAUCAUUUCUCAGGCGGGCAUCUUGUUUACCUGCCUAAUUAUCCUGAUGUCUGUGACGGUGACCUCAGUAACUGCCCUCUCCAUCUCUGCCAUCGCCACCAACGGCAGGGUGAUCUCAGGUGGGGCUUAUUUCAUGAUCUCUCGUUCUCUGGGUCCUGAAAUUGGUGGACCAAUUGGGAUGGUCUUUUCCUUUGCCAACGCUCUGGCUUGUGCCCUCAAUACUGUUGGCUUUGCGGAGGUGGUCAGAGAUCUAAUGCAGGAGUUUGGUGUCGUCAUGGUUGAUUCAGUCAAUGAUGUCCGUAUUGUGGGUGUGAUCACGGUGACUGUUCUUCUGUUCAUUUCACUGGCUGGAAUGGAGUGGGAGUCCAAGGCCCAGAUUUUGUUCUUCACAGUUCUCAUGGUUGCUUUUUCCAACUACUUUGUGGGCACAUUCAUUCCUGCCAGUGUAGAGAAACAGGCUGAGGGCAUCUUUGGAUACCACAGUGAAAUCUUCAUUUCAAACCUAAAACCAGACUGGAGAGGACCUGAAAACGACUUUUUCAAGAUGUUUGCCAUUUUCUUCCCCUCCGCCAUCGGCAUUCUGUCUGGAGCCAACAUCUCUGGAGACCUCAAAGACCCUGCUACUGCUAUCCCCAAAGGCACCCUCAUGGCCAUUUUCUGGACUACAAUCAGCUAUUUAGCUAUUUCUGUAACUGUUGGGUCGUGUGUCAUACGGGAUGCUUCUGGAAAUAUAAGUGACAUUCUGAUUGGGAACAUCACUGAUGGGUGUGUGGGUCAAGGAUGUCAACUGGGCUGGAACUUCACAGAGUGCAUUGAGUCAAACUCUUGUAAUUAUGGUCUGGCCAACAAUUCAAAGGUUCUGGGCCAAGUUUCAGGUGUCUCCUACCUUAUCACUGCUGGUGUGUUUUCAGCCAGCUUGUCAUCUGCUCUUGGCUUCCUCGUCUCCGCUCCUAAAGUCUUUCAGUGUCUGUGCAGAGAUGAAAUAUAUCCGUACAUUGGAGUCUUUGGGAAGGGUUAUGGGAAAAAUGAUGAGCCACUCCGGGCCUAUAUCCUCUGCUACGUCAUUGCUGUGGCCUUCAUUCUCAUUGGUGAGCUGAACAUCAUCGCAUCCUUGAUCUCCAACUUCUUCCUGUGUUCCUACUGUCUCAUUAACUUCAGCUGCUUUCACGCUUCAAUCACCAACUCCCCUGGUUGGAGGCCGUCAUUUCACUACUACAGUAAAUGGACGGCUUUGUUCGGAGCAGUGAUCUCUGUAGUUCUGAUGUUCCUGUUGACCUGGUGGGCUGCUCUCGUCACCUUCAGUAUCAUCUUCUUCCUGUUUGGAUACGUCAACUACAACAAGCCAAAGGUAAACUGGGGAUCAUCAGUCCAGGCAGGUACAUACAACAUGGCUUUGUCAUACUCUGUCUCUCUGUCUGGUGUGGAGGAUCAUGUCAAGAACUUUAGACCCCAGUGUCUUGUCCUGACUGGGCCCCCAAACCAGCGACCUGCACUGGUGGACUUUGUUGGCUCCUUCACCAAGCAUAUAAGCCUCAUGAUCUGCGGCGACAUAAUCACGGAACAGGAGAGGCAGACUCGGCCGCCGGAUGCCACAGAGUGGUUGGUAAAGUGGAUGAACAAGAGAAAGGUGCGCUCGUUUUAUACUCCUUUCAGUGCACACAGUCUCAGAGGUGGAGCUCGGCACUUGCUACAGGCAUCUGGUCUCGGCAAGCUGAAGCCCAACACUCUGGUCCUGGGCUUCAAGACAAACUGGAGGGACAGUUCUUCUGAAAGCAUUGAAGAUUACAUCAACACCAUAUAUGAUACCUUUGACUCCAACUACUGUUUGUGUAUCUUGAGGAUGAUGGACGGGCUGGAUAUCUUUGACCAGUUUGAAAGUGAAGUGAACCACAGCUUUGAGCCUGACAGAUCAGAUGAAAAUGACGACCAGCAGUCUCCUGAAAGGGUAUCAGUUGACGACAUCUCCGAUAAAUGUGACAGUGAUCAGAUCAAGACGGUGUUUCAGAAUGACCAGGGGAAGAAGACCAUUGACGUCUACUGGAUAGCUGAUGAUGGAGGUCUGACUCUGCUGGUGCCUUACCUGCUCACCAGGAGGAAACACUGGCGCAGCAGUAAGGUCAGGGUCUUCAUCGUGGGAGAUGAACAAAACAUGGAGGAAGGCCGCAACGAGAUGGUCGCUCUGCUGAAGAGGUUCCGUCUGGAUUUUAAUGACGUUAUCGUCAUGACAGACAGCGAGAAGCGUCCGCACGCCAAGAACCUGAGUAGGUUUGUGGACAGUGUCGCCCCCUUCAGGCUACAUGAUGAACAGCAGGAUGGCAUCUCAGUGGAGGACUUGAAACAAAGCGCCCCAUGGAAAAUAUCUGACAAAGAGUUCGAGGCCUUCAAACUUAAGUCUGAGAGAAAAGUGAGGCUGAAUGAAAUCAUCCGCAGGAAUUCACAACAUGCUGCUCUCGUGCUUGUGAGCCUCCCUGUGCCGCAGAGUGACUGCCCCAGGGCUCUGUACAUGGCCUGGCUGGAUACUCUGACCUGUGGCCUCCACUGCCCUGCGGUGCUGAUACGGGGAAACCAGCAGAACGUACUCACUUUCUACUGCCAGUAAAAUCCUGCAUUAGAUGGAUGGACAAGUCUUACAAGGAUGGAUAUUUUCAGACAUUAAAUCAAAACAAUGACCUGGGUAAAAAAAAAAAACCCACAUAAGU